CAGGUUGGGUUUCCAUGUUGCUUCUCUGGAGGGAGGUAUUAUUUUUCCUCUUCGCCCCCUCCUUAUUGAAAUCUGUAAAAAGUUUCAUAUUUUGCCCGGUCAACUUACUCCAAACGCUCACCGGUUCUUAAAUUGUUUUGUUAAUAUCUGUGAAAAUCUGAAAAUCAACUCUUCCCUUGAGCUUUUCCUCCACAUGUACGAAGUCUUGCCCGGGACUAGUAACUGCCCGGGCUUCGUCUAUUUCCAUUCCCGCAAUAAGAGGGGGUUUGUGACCGUUCUUCCCCCCAGCCAUAAGAGAUGGAAACAAAGAUUCGUUUUUAUUGAGUUUCCCUCUGACCAAUUUCCUUUCACUAACCCUGAGUGGGCUGACCGGGUAAUAAAACCUGAAAGGGUCCACCCGGAGCCUACCCCUGAGCUUGAGGUUGCCUGCGAGAAACUUCUCAAGGGUGAUCCUGUGACCGGUAAGCCAUACGCCUACGGUGGAUGGGUAUACCGGUUACCUAACCCGGAUGGGGGUGAAUCUGCGACCCAUGACGCAGAAGAUGACCGGGAAAACUCCCCGGAUGGUCAUGCUGAGGCCAGUUCUCCUCGUCCAGACAUGAACUUCAACAUGAUGACCACCAUCAUCGAGGAUGACGACGAUGAUGUCCAAGUCCUCCACUCCAACCGGUCUCCUCUCUCCAAGCCUCCUUCUCCUCCUCACUUCCCUGAAAUGGAUGGGGCCACAAGUGCCUGGUGUAGCCCUAUCCAUGAACAGAGCCAGAAGCUGAAAUCUCCUCCAGCCACCCAUCUCUCUGAAAGUGACCAGGUCCCUUCUCCUAAGAAGGAUGUCAAGGCCAAAGGAAAAGGGACCGGUCAUUCUUCCUCCCAGAAAAGGAAAGGUUCCCACAAGACUUCCAGGGGAAAGGAGGAAGAAGGUCAGGCUAUCAGAUCUGGAGGGGGAGCUGGAGUUAUAUCUGAAGAAGUUGGCCGGUCAAUCGUUGAACCGAAGGACCAGGUUUCCAAGCUCACCCUCCUCCUUGACUCCGCUAAGUCAGAGAUCAAUGACCGGGUUGAGAGGGAGAAGAAGCUGGAAGAAGAGCUGAUCGCUGAAAGGGACAGGUUAAAGGAGGAAAGGGCCAAGUUGGUGGAGGCGGAGAGGAAGGUGGCAGAGCUGGAAGAUGCUUUGGCCCAAGCUGAAGAGACUGCCCGGUCAAAAGAGGAGGCCUUUCCUGAUGAUGCUGCGAUUUGGGCCGCCUGCCAUCACACUGAAGUUGCCCGGUCCAUUCUCACCAAUCCGGAGGACACCAUGGAUUUUUUCAAAGUCAUGUAUAAGGAACCGGAAGGUAAGAGAAUGAUAACAGAUGUCGGGUCCUAUGGGUUUCAGUGUGGCCAAAAGGAAGAGAGAUCUCUUCUCUAUGCCAGACUCCAGAGGAAGGACCCCUCUUUCGACCCGGCCAAGUUGAAGCUUCCAGCCCUAUACAAGGAAGAGCCAGCUCCCCCCUUUCCCCUUGAGUAGGUUAGGGUAUGUUUUCAAACACUAAAUUUUCCCAAGGCCUGGGGGAUGUCCGGCCUACUUUUGAUUUGUAUGAAACUUAAUUCCUCUUGGCAUGCCUUUAUCUUUUACCGGUCGAUCUGCUUCAAUUUGCAUGGUUGAACUCCUUUUCAAUGCAUGGUUAUGAUUGCUUUUCUUUUCUUUUUCUUGAUCGCCUUUGAAUGAAUUUUCAAGUCAAUA